UCUGUCAGCCAUUGUAACACUGUUCACAGCACAGCAUUUCCUAACAGUGAGUGAGAGAAAGGGACAUAUACUUUCUUGCCACGUUCCUAAUUACAAGGAGAUUUGCCUGUCCGGCGAAAGAAUGCUGGGUGGGUAUCUGUUUAGGAUCUCAAUUACUUCCCAUCUUCUCCUGAGAGGUCUAGUGGCAUCAUUAAACCAUGAGGAAAUAAGCUUUACCAGUCUGAGAACCCUAACAGGUUUCCGGGUCUGAUUUCACUCCCUAGUCCUUACUUCUCUGGAGAACUUCAGUCUUUUGCAGAAUGAGGUUGUCUCUGCUGUAUUCUUUGUUUCUCUGGGCAGCAUGGGCCCAAUUUCUUGUUGUCAAAUCCAAAGAUGCUGUUGAAGAAUCUAAAUCCACAGACCUUCCUAAAACAGACACUUCUCAGACUAACACACAUCAAGUUAGCAGUGGCCUAAUGCAGUGUGGUGAAUACAGCAAUGAAGUGAUGCCAAAUGGACAGUGUCGUUUAACAGCCACAUUACCUCAGUUGGAGGAACAGCGGUGUCCCGACAUGUUCCGCUGUACAGAUGAGGUCUCCUACUGGCUGCGUGAGAAUGAAGAACGCAAGCAGCAGAUGCAGGACCUGAAAGAGACCAUCUCAGAGCUUCAAGAGGAGCUGAGGAGUCACAGGCAUCGUAUCAAAGUGCUGGAAUUGCAGAGCGAGGAGAAGUAUGGAAUAAACUCGUCUUUAGAGCACCGCUUUCACACGCUGCAGCAGAUCUAUGAAGAGGCCAAUGCUCUGCUGCACAUCCACGGAUCACUCAUCUAUGACAUGCAAAGACAGAUUCGCAAUCUCACUAUGAUAGUAGAGCGUGUGAGGCGCAAUCCUGGUUGUAUGAUCAAUAUCAUCCGCACAAGCCCGCUUCUCAGCGCCCAAGAUACCCUUCACCCAGAGGUUCAGCAUGUAAGAAACUGUCCAAUUGACUGUGCAUCACUGUACUACAAUGGAGUCCACCGGUCUGGGAUUUUUACUGUUGUCCCCUCAUUGGGAUCAACUCCAGUCGACGUUUAUUGUGAUAUGGAGACUCAAGGAGGUGGAUGGACCAUGUUUCAACGUCGGCAGGAUGGAAAGGUCAAUUUUAACCGCAAAUGGACAGAAUACAGGGAUGGCUUCGGAGAUCUGCACGCAGAAUUCUGGCUGGGAAAUGACCACAUCCAUGACAUCUCCAGCCAGGGAGAAUAUUCCCUUCGCAUUGAACUCGAGGACUGGAAUGGCAAGCACAAACACGCACUGUACCAGAACUUCUGGAUUGAGAACGAGGACAACCACUAUCGUCUCCACGUGUCAGGAUUCAGUGGUACAGUCGAGGACUCGUUCGCUUGGUACCAUGACAAGCAAAGCUUCAGCACUCCAGACACAGGUGACAUCUGUGCCGAGAUAUCUCACGGAGGCUGGUGGUACCACCAGUGCUUCUUUGCCAACCUCAAUGGAGUGUAUUAUAAGGGGGGGCGUUACUCUGCCAAAGGGAAGAAUCUUCUGGGGCCUGAUGGGAUUGUGUGGUACUCAUGGAAGGACUCAGAUUACUACUCCUUGAAGAAGGUGAGCAUGAUGAUCCGCCCACGGAUAUUCAAGCCCCGCCUCUCUCCAUAACACCGCUUUAGGCCUGCAUUAAACAACACUGUUGUGACAUCAUUGGUUCUCUGUUUGUAAACUGUGGUUAAAUGGAAAAUCCCAACUUUAUCAUUUCUGAUAAUCUUAAAACAAUAUGUAUUUGAUUAUCAUCAAUAAUUUUUUAACUUGCACAAAAAAUGUAUUUGGAUAAUCAUUCAUUUGAAAUAAUUCAGAGAUUAAUAUACAAUUGGUACACUUUUCACAUUUUAAUGGGUGUUACUGUACAUUUACUUUGUUGCAUAGAAAUAUUCGGAGGAAAUCGUUUUUAAGACACUAGGGCCCAGUUGAAACAAACCCCUUAAUUCAUCUCAUUUUUUGCAAUGUAAAAAAAUUCAAUCGUCAUAAUAAAAGAAAAAAAAAAACUUAGUAAUAAAAAAAG